AUGUCGAGCUCCUUCGGCAGUGAAUUCAGCAACUUCGAUGAUGAUGACAUCCUCCCCGUUGUUAAUGACGCCACUUCCGCUGAUUUUUCAGCUGCCAGCUCUGACAGCUCUCGAGCCCCGAAACGAAGACGGUUGAGCCAUUCCCGGACAAGUGACAAAAGAGACGCUCGCACUUCUUGGGGUACCCUCAGCGGAACGGGGCACGAGAGCGGCCAUGAAUCAGGUCAAAGCCAAGACACUCUGCCAUCGCUUCAUCGAGCACCGGUUGCCAGGCGCAAGGAUGAAAUUAAUACAAAGCCAACCGGUCCAAAGUACAAAAUAUAUCAGUCAAAACACCCCCGUGCCCAAGAACCGACUUUCGUUACUCAGUUGACCCAACCUCCAUCGAGCCCAUCGAUAAUCCGUGGACCUCGGUGGAAGAAGCCUGACCCAGAGGACCUUGCUGUAAAACGUGCUCCAACUCCCGUCAUUGACAGGAGUCGGAAUCUUCCGGAGACAAACAAUAAUGAUAUGGAUGGGGAUUUAAGAGUUGCCAUUGCCGCAUCUCUGGAAUCUUUUCGAAGAGAAAACAAAGGAGACAUGGAACCAUGGCCUAAUCCUAAGGAACGAAAAAGUCCCGUCUCAUCCAAUUCUAAUUUUGGGCCUCAGGAUGCCUUUUUUGAUAUUGGAGAUAUCCCUGAAGACGCCUUCGACUCUUCCCUGGAUUCAUCAUUUGAUUCGCCCCAAAAGGCUCCCGUUUUAGUUCCAUCGUCCCAGCCUUUUCCUUUUCAAUCCUCAUUCCGUCAACAAGACGCCCAGAUAGUUUUCGUUGCUCCAACAAAACCACUGGUCUCCCAGCAAGUUGUCGCAUGUUUCGGUAUUGCCGGGAUACCUCGGUCACAAACUGUGAUGCUUACUGGGAGUACAGGGCCAGCAAUACGUGCUGCGGAAUGGCAGAGCAAGCGGGUUUUCUUCAUGACACCUCAAACUCUUGUUAACGAUCUUAAAAAUGGACAUGCAGAUCCGAAACGGAUUGUCCUACUUGUCAUUGAAGAGGCCCACCGUGCCACUGGUGGCUAUGCCUACGUUGAAGUGUUGAGAUACGAACGGAAAGAGUCGCUUGACAUUCGUGAAUAUGUUCAUUCACGAAAUAUUGAAAUUGAGACUUUUGAUUACUCUGAAGAUAUGAUCAUGUGCAUGGAUUUAUUCGGCAAGUCGUUGCAGCCCGUCCUGGAUAAACUUCGAAGCCAGAAUGCCCAUUGGGCAAAGGACCCGAUGACUCUUACCCCGUACGGACUCACUGUCGCCAGAAAGGACUGGUUGAAGUCACCCGCUGGGAGGAAUGCAAAUAAUGGGCUCAAGGGUAUGGUACAUGCCAUUUUCUCGGUACUUUCGAGUUUGGCCCACGCAAUAGACCUCCUGAAAUACCACGGGAUUGGGCCGUUCUACCGCAACCUCGUUUCAUUUCAGAGCACUUUGGGUGCAGGCGGUAGUAAAUACCAACGCCAAAUCGUUGACGAUGGGAAUUUCAAAACGCUGAUGAAUCGGCUGAGGAUGUGGACCAAUAAUGAAGACUUUAUUGGGCACCCGAAACUGGAAUUCCUAAAAAGGGUCGUGUUGAACCAUUUCAUGGAUGCGGAAAAAGAUGGGGACGAUUCCAUUGGAAAUAGACAUCCGUCAGGUACGCGAAUAAUGGUGUUUGCGCAUUUUCGUGACAGUGCGGAAGAGAUCGUGAGGGUAUUGAAAAGACACGGUCCGAUGAUCCGUCCACAUGUGUUUGUUGGGCAAGCGGCUGCGAAAGGAUCAGGUGGGAUGGACCAAAAGACACAACUCGAAAUCAUCGAGAAAUUCAAAGAGGGGACAUAUAACACAAUUGUCGCUACCUCCGUCGGUGAAGAAGGCCUUGACAUUGGCGAAGUUGACCUCAUAGUGUGUUAUGACUCUUCCGCCUCGCCCAUCAGGAUGCUACAAAGGAUGGGUCGAACCGGAAGAAAAAGAAGAGGGAAUAUUGUUCUUCUUUUGAUGAAAGGCAAGGAAGAAGACUCGUUCACAAAAGCAAAGGAUAAUUACGAGAAAAUGCAACGGAUGAUAGCUAGUGGGGCUCGUUUUACGUUCCACGAUGAUAAGUCUCCACGAAUACUUCCGCGAGAUAUACAUCCUGCAGUGGAUGAACGACAAAUAGACAUUCCAGUUGAAAACUCCCAGACCGAUUUACCGGAACCCACCAAGCGAGCGAGAGUUCCUAAGCGGCUUCCCAAGAAAUUUCACAUGCCUGAUGGUGUUGAAACUGGAUUCACCAAGGCAUCUCGUAUCAGUGGCAUGAAGGUGAGCCGCAAGGCUACUGAAAGCCUCCGCAAAUCUCCGCCAAAAGUCGUGGAAGUUUUUGAUAUCCCGCCAUUGGAUGAAGUUCUUCUUUCGAAGGACGAACGAAGAGAACUCGAACAAAGAUAUUGCAGUAUCGGGGGCACGAGCCCUCAGUUUGUCUCCAGGCCACGAAUUGAUGCCUAUCCCGAGCUGCAAAGAUCUUACCGCCCAACAAAGUUUGUAAAGCACGGGGCCGUCACCUGCCGACUCGUAAAGGCUUUUCAAAAUAUGAAUGCCUUGACAACCGACUGCGCGGACCAUUUUAAAGCUCAUCUACACCCCGAUGACCAAAUUGAGCAGUACGAAGCUGUAGCUUUGAAAGGCACUGACCGAAGGAAACACCCUUCUUUUUCACGGGUCCACGAGAAAUGUCCUGACCCGCCCGACCUUAAUCGACAAAUACACCAUUUUAACAAUGGGUCCCAGCCAUUUUCUCCAUUGAUGCGUUCCCAAUACUCGCCCCAGCUCCCACCGAAAGAUCGAUAUCUCAGUUCUCAAGGUAGUGCAGGGGAUGACCUCGAACUUCCUGAUGUUGAAACGCUUUUCAACCAGCUUACUGGGAAGCGAAAAGCGGAACAUGAGCAACAAAGUCCGUCAAGAGGCACACGGGGAAAACUGUGUAUAGUUAGCGAUGACACUGACGAUUUUGAUAUUUAG